GAGAGCCUUGAGAGGCAGCGUUUGUUGUAGAGGGUGUCGAGGUUCCACCGUGUACACAACCCAGCCCCACAACUCUUGAUUACAGUGGACUUUAAGGCAGAAUACCUCAAAGUCCAUUUUUCUCAGUGUUCUCUGUAAUCUUGUCAUUUAAUAGAUAAGCAGGGUGUAGUAUACUGCGUUAGGCGUCCCUAAACAGCUGCAUUGAGUCAAGAAGACCACCGUAAGCAUGUCUGAUAGGCGACCUGUUGCUUACGUUACUCGCAUCGAGUGUUUUAGCGCUUGUCACAGGUUACACAGUAAACUUCUAUCAGAUGAAGACAAUAAGGCCAUAUUUGGAAAGUGCAACAAUCCUAACGGACACGGACACAAUUACAAAGUUGAGGUGACGGUCAAAGGUCCGAUAGAUGAAACAACGGGAAUGGUUAUCAACGUUCAUGACCUCAAGAAGAUUAUAAAUGAUGUUGUGAUGGAUGUUAUGGACCACAAACAUUUGGAUCUGGAUGUUCCAGCUUUUAGGGACACAACAUUAGUGAGUACUACAGAGAAUGUAACAUAUGUCAUAUAUGAAGGCAUACGUAAGCAGUUGCCAAGUCACGUUCAUUUGUAUGAGGUAAAGAUACAUGAAACGGAUAAGAAUGUGGUGAUCUUUAAGGGUGAAUAUGACGAAUGAUAUUGGACUGUAUGUAUUCAAAAGUAAACUAACAGUUUAAAAUUUAAGGUAAAGUAGCAGCUGCAUAAUUUGGAUUAAAUACUAUUUAGUACAUACAGGAGUCUGUUAUGCUUUUUUUUUUUUAUCUUUUCUGUAGGAUUACUGUAAAAGGAAGCUAACACUCUUGUAAAACUGUGUAGAGUAGUAAAUUUGUUUUUCAGUAAAUACAGAUUAAAAGUUC